AGGAGACCCGCCAUGUCACGCUCCUACUCGCAGAACGACCGCCGGGCCUCCAGCGACGACCGCCGGCCGGCCCCCAUCGAUGACCGCCGGCCCUCUGUUGACCGCAGACUGGACCGCAAGCGGAGGAGCAGAAGCAGGAGUAGAAGCCGGAGCCGGAGCAGAACCAGGCCCAGGAGCUCUUACAGCGGCGGCCGGAGGGAUCCAGACUGGCGACCACGCGGUGGUGAUUUCGAUCAGCCACGCAGUGGCGAUCUGGAUCAGAGCAAGGUGCCAGCAGAGCCUGCAACUGUUGCCAGCCGCGACGGUGAUGUGGACGGCGAUGAUGUCGAUGAACUGCCAAUGGAUCCAAAGAUUCCUCGCUCGGAGGUGGUGAUGGUGGAGGCGACUGACGGUGCCGGCCGUGAAGAUGAAGCUGCGGUGGAACCAGAGCAUGAUGGUGCCAGACAUGAAGAUGAAGAGGCAGAGUAUGAGUAUGAGGAGGUUGUGGAAUCAGAUGAUCAUGGUGAAGAUGAUGAUGGUGUCACCUAUGAAUAUGAAGAGAUGGAAACAGAGGACAAUGGUCAGGACGAUGAGACUGCUGCUGUUGCUGGCUUGAAUGAUGCUGAUGCUGAUGCUGCUGAAAUAAAUGCCAGCCACCAACUGUCCAUGGUGGAUGUUCAUCCAUCACAGCCUGAUGAGGAACCGGGGCACACGCAGCCCCAGCUCAGCGACGUCGAGGAGGACACGGAGGCGGGCGUUGCGCGUGUGGAUGCAUGCCUGAUUGAACCAGUGGCUGACAACAGUGGUUGUUCUGAAGUUAGAGGUGAAACGGAGGCUCCGCAAAGUCAACCUGAAACUGGACUUCAAGUUAGAGGUGAAAUGGAGGCUCUGCAGAGUGAACUUGGAACUGAACUUCAAGUUAGAAAUGAAAUGGAGGUUCUGCAGAGUGAACCUGAAACUGAAAUUCAAGUUGCAGCUGAAAUAGUGGCUCCGCAGAGUGAACUUGAAACUGAACUUCAAGGUACCGAUGAAGUGGAGGCUCCGCAAAGUGAACGUGAAACUGAGCUUCAAGUUGCAGGUGAAAUGGAGGUUCCUCAAAGUGAACCUGAAACUGAACUUCAAGUUGCAAGUGAAAUGGAGGCUCCACAAAGUGAACCUGAAGCUGAACUUCAAGUUGCAAGUGAAAUGGAGGCUCCACAAAGUGAAUCUGAAGCUGAACUUCAAGUUGCCGAUGAAAUGGAGGCUCCACAAAGUGAACCUGAGGCUGAACUUCAAGUUGCCUAUGAAAUGGAGGCUCCACAAAGUGAACCUGAGGCUGAACUUCAAGUAGCAGGUGAAAUGGAGGCUCUGCAUAGUGAACUUGGAAGUGCACUUCAAGUGGUAGGUGAAAUGGAGGCUCCGCAAAGUGAACUUGGAACUGAAUUUCAAGUGGCAGGUGAAAUAGAGGCUCCGCAAAGUGAACCUGAAACUGAACUUGUCGAGGAAACUCCACAAAUGGAAAUUGAGCUUGGAACUGAACUUCAAGUGGCAGGUGAAAUGGAGGCUCCGCAAACUGAACAUGAAUCUGAACUUGUCGAGGAAACUCCACAAAUUGAAAUUGAAGCUGCUGAUGGUGAUCCUACUAGAGAUGAAGAAGAGCUGCCGGCUUGGUAUCAAAUUUUUGACCUCAAUGUCGACGGAACUCGUGAGAGCUGUGAAGUGACUGAGAUUCCCGGUGAUCCUCCUGAAGAACAUGCUUCUGAUUCUCUGCCUGAUUUAGUUGGUCAGAUGAGUCAGCAAGCAUACUCUGAUCCUCCAGAUACUCAAGUUCAAGAUAAACGUGCAGAUGAAAACCAACAGUUCGAGGAUGAUCAGGUGCUUCUAAAUCAGGGUAUUGUCAUGCAUGAUUUGGAUAGGAACUACCAGAACAGCGAGCAGAUGCUUAUAAAUCAGAUAGCCGAUGAGCAUGGACAGGGUGAUCAACAGCAGGAGGGCGAGCAAAUGCUUUUAAACAAUGAGGAAACAAUGCUAAAGCAAGAUGGGGAGGAGCAGGUGGAGAAUGAGCAAUUCCUACCUGAUCGUGCUGCAGACGUUAAUCACCAGAUAAAGGAGGAACAAAUGCUUCUAGAUCAUGUUACAGUUGUGCAUGACUUGGAUCAUUGUGAUCUGAACGGUGAACAGAUGCUACUAACAGAUGAUUCAGUUAAUAAAUCUGCAGUUGAUGGGGGCCAGUUGAAGGAUGGGCAAAUGGACCGGGCUGCAAAGAGACAAGCUACACUUCGCAGCCUGGACAAUGGCCAAAUGAUGAUUCCUAUAAUUAAUUUGGAUGACGACGACGAUGAUGAUGAUUAUGCAGAGCAGCCUGGUACCAGAGAGUUCUUAGAACCCAAAAGUGAUGCCUUACACGUGGAUAAUUUUCUGCCAGAACGUAUGUGUUCUCAAGACGAGCAAGCCGCAAGCUUUCCUGACCAUCAGACUAACAUCCCAGCAUCUUCUUCAUCGGUUCCACCACAUUCCGGGAAUAGGUGGACUGGGAUGGGAGCUGUCAAUGCACAGGGAAUUCCCAGUGAUGAUGGCAUCCUAUAUGGUGGUGCGUUUGACAAGAUACCAUUAGAAGUGAUCAACGUGUGGGACCUGCCGUCAUCCGAGCUGGGGAAGUCCUGAUGAGCUAGCCAGCCAUGGUGUGUUGUAACUUGUGCUCCAGCUUACUGUCUGUCUGUCUGUCUGUUGUUAGUUAUCCUGGACCGUCGAAGGCCGGGCGCUGGAGCCGGUCGACCGGUCGCUGUUGGUCUGUACUAUGUGGUCUUAUGCUAGGUAGGCUAGUCUGGUUGUUAGAUCCCUAGUUGAGUUGAAAGAAGUCACAUUUCCUUGCUGGUCCAGGAAGAAGUGGCUGGUGGUGCCUCCUCUGGUACAGGGUAAGCAAACACUGCCCUGUAGCUUGUUGACAGCCAGCCGCUCCUCCUACAGUUUUGACUGCAAAAUGAUACCGAGUCCUGUUGGUCUAACCAACCGUUAUGUUC